AUGUUUACCGAUCUGGUCGCCACGAUUCAGGAAAAGUGGCUUGUCUUGGCCACGGCGUUGACGCUGGCCUAUGUAGCCACCAAAGUGAGAGCCUAUCUCAGACUCAGACAUAUUCCAGGUCCGCCAGGGAGUGGAUUUACCGAUAUUGCUCACAUUCGAGCCUGCCUGGGCGAACAUGCCUAUCAGUGGUACACUUCGGUGAGCGAUACAUAUGGACCAUUUGCUCGAAUUGGACCCAACAUUGUCCUGACUUCCUCGGCCGAAUUCUGGGAGUCGGCCAAUGCAAAACCUGGUUAUAAACGAUCCGAGUGGUUCUACAAGGCCGCUCGCUUCGACUGGCCCCACGACAAUGUCUUUACUUCAAUCGAUGUCGACAAACAUGACGCCAAACGAAAAAUGAUGGCACCUGGGUAUUCCGGAAGAGAGAAUCUGACGCUCGAGGCUGAUGUCGACUCGUGCGUGGCCAAGUUGCUCCAGCUCGUCGGCUCCUACACUGAUGACAAGCACACGGGCAACGGCGGCGUUUUCGACCUGGGCAAGAAGCUCCAGUUCAUGACCCUCGACGUUAUUGGCCAGGUGGGCUUUGGCAAGUCUUUUGGGUUGCUUGAUAUCGAUGAUGACCCGGAUGAGUUUGUUCGAUCAACUGAGCUCGGCUUGCGGCGCUGCAACCAAAUCAUGAGUUUGGGCAUCUCCUGGAUCAACAACAUUCUCGUCCUCUGGAGCGCGGCCACGGCAGACCCGAGCAAGCAGACGGGAUUCGAAAAGAUGCUCAACAUUAGCACCAACAUUGUCGAGGGGCGGGAGCGCGAAUUUCGCCAAAACCUUCAGUCAAAGGCCGGAGGCGUUAAUGAGAGAGCCGACAUGCUGGCCUCGUUUAUGAAGAAUGGCCUGCUCGGCCAGGAGCUCAAGACCGAGGCGCUGCUGCAGAUUGUCGCGGGCUCCGACACCACGGCCGGCGCGCUCCGGGGCACGCUUCUCUACCUCUUGACGCAUCCGCGCGUCUGGCGCGCUCUCCAGGAGGAGGCUGAUGCCGCCGUCCGCAACGGAACGGUCCCCGUCGCCGGGUCGGGGGACGUGAUUUCGUAUGCCCAGACCAAGAACCUGCCGUACCUCCAGGCCGUGGUCCGCGAGGGCAUCCGCAUCUGGCCGCCGCUGACGGACCCGUUUGCCCGGGACGUGCAGCCCGAAGGGGACGAGGUGGUUGUGGACGGCAAGAAGAUAUUCCUCCCCGGGGGCACCAGCGUCGUUCCCAGCUGGGUCUCCAUGCACCGCGACAAGAGCCUGUACGGCGAAGACGUGGACGUGUUUCGGCCUGAACGGUGGCUCGAGAGCGAGCAGCCCGACAAGGAACGCCUCCGGGCCAUGCGACGGACGAAUGAUCUCAUGUUUGGCCAUGGCAAGUUUUCCUGUCUGGGCAAACCCGUAGCCAUGAUCGAAAUUCACAAGACGGUUUUCGAGCUGGUCCGAAACUUUGAUAUGGGACUGAUCAAUCCAGCCAAGCCGUGGAAAUCUGCCAGUCUUAUUGGACUCUGGGUCAUUUCUGACAUGUAUGUCCAUGCCAGUAGACGGACACCGGCUGGGGUUUAG